AUGUCAAUGGGUGCGCUCCAGGCGCACAAUAAUAGGAGGGGAUGUAAGCUACAGCUUACACGACCCAUCUUUAAAUAUAUCCAGCUUCUUCGUAUGCCUGUUGUGGUUAACACGGAGGCGAUGGACGGAGACGAGGGCGAAUUGCAGCAGCGCGACAAGACUCUCUCGACAUCAAAUCACGAAGUCGUAUUUCUUUACCCCCCCGUCGGAGGUCAGCGCUUCGCGCUGGGCAAGGGACUCUUCCUCGACCCGAAAAACAAAUUUCGCGAUAUUUUCGUGUCCCUGACGAUAUCUGGGUGUGGUUCACACAGUGGUGCUGGGUCAUUCGAUCGGCGAGGUCUCUGCAGCCUGCGGUGCCGGGCCCUGUCAAAGGAUGUGACAGCGAUGUCGUUGCUUGAAUUUUCUAACUUGAGCACAUUGCGCGAGCAUUUAGAAGGUCCAGAGGCGGCAAGGUGGUGUAAGCCGGCAGCAUCUCACUGGAGGCACACGGCACUGGCACCGCGCUGGAUAGGUGCCAUCUGCUUUAGGGAACAGGAAGCCGUCAUCUUUAGAUAUCUACAUCAUUCAAUUCCAUACAUGCUUGCGAUAGCUCCUUUCCACGCCCCAAGUCUCGAUCGAUAUUUUGAUAAGACUUUCCUCAAAAAGUUUUUGGAGGCUCGUGAUCGAUGCCUAGGCUCCUGUUCUUCCAUGGUAUGGACACAUACGCAGAAUUCUAAGUCAAUUCCAUGGAGCAUCAACGGUGGUGCGGAAAUGGGUGAAUGGAACUUCUCUUCUGGAGCCGGCGGCUUCUUCUUGCGCGAGCGAUUUGGGUAUGAGGCGCGAAAGUCGCGAUCAUGGCGUCUGCUCACUCAGUAUUCUCUGACGAGCACCAGCCAAGCGGAAAUGUUUGCCCGUAUUCGGGAAGCAACAGACCACACCAACGAAAGCUACGGGCUCGGGGAGGAUUGGUCGACAUCUAUGAUUCGUAUACUAUGA